AUGAAAUAUGUGAAACCAUCAAUGAUUCAAUGUUAUAUUUGUAGUGUUAUCACUGAUUUUGCGCUGAGUUUUGGCACAAUUCCAUAUGUGUUAUUUCCAACAAUGUCCGGACAACCUCUAGGGAUUUUGUCAUAUUUAGGAAUAGAUAUCAAAUCGCAAACUUUAUUGAUAAUCGAGUUAUUGAUUGGUGUUGCUUGUUCAAUUAUUGGGAUUCUUGAAAAUCGAUUCACCUGCAUAACUAGACCUAGAUCAAGCUUGAAAAAUCAUAUCAUUAUCUACACCCUUAAUGGUGUAUACAGCAAUAUAAUUUUAUAUUUCGUGUUCACAAAUUGUCCAGAGCAACAAAGUGCUCGACAAAUUGUUCUAUACCAACUUCUCCCCUCUGAUCUUCCUAGUCAUUUCUACACCGAUCCAUUAUUUGUCGUUUCCCUGAACAGUUUUCAAGUUGGAAUGGCGAUUCUGGCAAUCUAUGUUGUUUUAUUCGUAGAAUGCAUAUUUUUCGCGUUGGGGACAACUUAUAAACUAUAUUUGCAGCAUAACAAUACAAAUCUAUCCUCAAAUACAAGAAAAAUGCAAAACAAGUUUUUCAUCUUGAUUUGCAUUCAAUGUUCAAUACCAAUAACUGUUCUAGCUAUUCCAGUUUGUUAUGUUAUUAUCAGCUGCUCAACGUCUUAUUUUAAUCAAGGUUUGCUUUGAUUUUUGGGUGAUUUAUGCUAAUUUUCUUGUUCAGCUCUCAAUAACCUUGCAUUUAUACUAUUUUCAUUUCAUGGAAUUCUUACAUCAAUAUCGAUUAUUCUGAUUCAUCCAGCUUAUCGAGAAGCGGUAUUUUCAAAAUUCAAAAUUCGUAGAAUAGUACCCUUGAAAGUUUCCUCAGUUGUUAGAGAAUAAAACUAUUGUCACAUUAGUUUUCCAAGAAUUUUUGUUUUCGACGGCAAAUCUAAUUUCCUGGUUCUCGAUGAAUUUUCUUUAUGAUCAACACGAAUAUUAGCAAUCACUCAAAAAGUUUUGUCUGAUGACUAUCGCAUCAAAAAACAAUUCUUGGUCAUAUUUCAACACUCCUGAAUUCCUCGUAACAUCUCUUCAUAUAUUAACUAUUAUUGCGAUUCCUAUUCAUCUCCUCGGUUUUUAUUGUGUAUUUUUCAAAACUCCACCAAAGAUGAGAUAUGUAAAAUCAUCAAUGAUUCAAUGUUUCCUUUCCGGUGCUGUUUUGGAUUUCGCAUUCAGUUUUGGAACAAUACCCUAUGCAUUGUUACCCACAUUAUCUGGUCAUUUUUUAGGAGUUCUCUCCGAUCUUGGAAUGUCACAAAAAUCGCAGGUCAUUCUAAUUAUCGAACUGAUUCUUAUUGUUGGUUGCUCUUUGAUUGGAAUUCUUGAAAAUCGUUUUACGUGUAUUACAAAUCGUAGAUCUAGAUUCAAAAAUAAUUUUCUGAUAUAUCUGUUUAAUGGAUCAUUUUUGAGUUUCUUGGUAUAUUUAACAUUCUCAAACUGCCCAGAACAAGAAGAAGCUCGAAGAAUCGUUCUAUACGAAAUUCUUCCACCCAAUCUUCCUGCUCAUUUCUAUACUGAUCCAAUAUUCGUUAUAUCACUGCAAAACGAUCAAAUUGCAACAACCAUGAUGAUAUCAUUUUUAUAUACAUUCAUAACGUGUUGCGGUUUUGUUUUUGGAACUUUCUACAAGUUAUACUAUUUGGAAAAGAAUAGAAACCUAUCCAAAAUCACGAAAAAAAUGAUGAUCAAGUUUUUCAUCUUGAUUUGUAUACAAUGCUCAAUUCCACUAACAGUUUUAGCUUUUCCUAUUUCUUAUAUCGCAUUCAGCUGCUCCACUCUAUAUUUCAAUCAAGGUUUGUUUCAAUUAUUGUUCUUUGAACGAAAUAUUCAAUUUACAGCGCUCAACAAUCUAAUUUUCAUAAUAUUUUCAUUUCACGGAAUUUUGACAACAUUAUCCAUUAUUUGUAUACAUACAGAAUAUCGGAGAGUUGUAUUUUCAAUUUUCAAGCCACCGAAAACCCGUGUUCAAUCUGUUUUUACUUAA